UCGUCCUUAAAACAUAUCUUCCACAAUAUGUUAAUAAAUGUUUGUCUUUAUAACACAUAUCUUACAUUAUAUAUAUUAACUCUUAUCAGCCAUUAUAUACUAACAUAGUGCGCCAUUUUCCAUCCUGGUCGGAAUUCUUUGUUGAUUCUUUUAUGCUCCUUCAUCUCCUAUAACAUGAUUUUGUUCAACUAAAGCAUGUUGCUUAGAUUGCGAGAAAGGUGAUCAGCAUUAUUCUCAUGGUCAAAUAAAAAAUUGAAAAAGGAAAGUAGUUGAUGAUUAUGAGCUUACAAAUGGAACAAAGAGAUUGGAACGAGCUGCCAGUUCACUGUCUGGUUGAGGUUUUUGGAAGAGUCGGAAUUGAAUCACUUGUAGAGACUUGUCCUUUUGUCUGCAAGUCUUGGUAUGAUGCUACAUUCUAUCCUCAAUGUUGGGAACAACUCGUCUUUACUAAAUCUCCUUGUUUACGAAGUUCCAAACAUCCGAUUCCAAGAUUGGAAUUAGACAAGGAUUCAUGGUCUGAUUGUUGCCUUGUGGUGCCACAUGAUCAAACCAAAUAUGCAGAUGAGUCUUUUGAAAAGUUCGUUAAAUUUGCCAUCGGGCGUAGCCAUGGACUUGUAACUGCGAUUGUCUUUCACCCUAAAUCGCUUCUUAAAGAAGGCCAAAUUGCAUGGAUCGCUCAACGAUGCCCCUGUUUAAAGCUUUUGGUUUUACCGAGCUAUUUGAGCUAUGUGAUUAACUUUGAAGUAUCAAACUCUAUCUGCAACUGGAAAGAUUUAGAGGCUUUACAAAUUGCGUCCUUGAUCGGAUUGAAGAAAACCAUUGCCAACAUUAGUAAGCACUGUCGAAAGUUCAAUCAUUUAAGUAUUUAUGUUCCUUUGUUGGAUGAAGAUGUGGCUUUAGCCAUAGCGUCUCAGCUGCCACACCUUAAGACUCUAGAUUUAAGGUUCUCAGUCAUUGAAAGGAACGCUCUAAUCAUGAUCCUAAAAGGGUGCCAGGAACUUGAGCAACUCGACGUUAGCAAGUUUAAAGGCGUGGCAGGCGACCAUGAGAUACAGGAACUUGCAAGUCGUAUUUGUGUAUUUAAACACGAAGGAUCUUGAGGUUCUUAUUGUCAACAAUAAAACAAUUGUCGUAAUUGUAGUUUAGUUUGUAUUGUAUAUGCAUGACUUCAAUAUGGAGCUGGAAUCGAAUAUAAGCCUUAAUUAGUGUGA